AAGUUUAGAAGUGAGUAUUAUUUGCAAGUGACUGCCUCCCACUCUCACAAUACUCAUCUUUCUCUCUCUCUCUCUCUCUCUCUCUCUUUCUCAAAAUCACAUAUCACCUUCUAAUCUCAAAAUCACUCUCUCUCUCUCUCUCCUUAUUUUCUUCCACAUUACUCUCUCAAAUCAGUUAAAUCGACAUAUUUUUACCGGAUUAUGAUCAUGAUGGAUUUGGACAACAAGUUCUUCAAUAUGGGUGUUCUCAUUGUGGCCACUCUAGUGGUGGCCAAGCUUAUUUCUGUGCUUAUAAUGCCUAAAUCUAAAAAACGUCUCCCCCCGGUUGUUAAGACGUGGCCUUUGAUUGGCGGCCUCGUCCGCUUCAUGAAAGGUCCGAUUGUGAUGAUUAGGGAGGAGUACCCCAAGCUUGGGAGUGUAUUCACAUUGAAUCUGGCUAACAGGAAGAUUACUUUCUUGAUUGGUCCGGAGGUUUCGGCACAUUUCUUUAAAGCUUCCGAGUCUGAUCUUAGCCAGCAGGAGGUGUACCAAUUCAACGUGCCCACUUUCGGUCCAGGAGUAGUAUUUGAUGUUGAUUACUCGGUGAGGCAAGAGCAGUUUCGGUUCUUCACUGAAUCUUUGAGAGUUAAUAAACUCAAGGGAUAUGUGGAUCAGAUGGUUUCAGAAGCAGAGGAUUACUUCUCAAAGUGGGGAGACAGUGGUGAGGUGGACCUUAAGUAUGAGCUGGAGCAUCUAAUCAUCUUGACAGCCAGUAGAUGUCUCCUGGGUCGAGAAGUUCGUGAUAAGCUCUUUGCUGAUGUUUCUGCCUUGUUCCAUGACCUUGACAAUGGAAUGCUCCCGAUUAGUGUUAUCUUCCCAUACCUGCCCAUCCCUGCUCACAAACGCCGUGACCGGGCCCGCAAGAAGCUUUCAGAAAUCUUUACAAACAUCAUAGCCUCCCGCAAAGAUGCUGGCAAGUCAGAGAAUGACAUGCUGCAGUGCUUCAUUGACUCAAAGUACAAAGAUGGCCGCCCAACAACUGAAAGUGAGGUCACUGGCUUGCUCAUUGCUGCUCUAUUUGCUGGGCAGCACACUAGUUCCAUCACCUCCACUUGGACUGGGGCCUAUCUCCUCAAACACAAGCAGCACCUAUCUGCUGUUUUGGAGGAGCAGAAAAACCUUAUGCAAAAGCAUGGGAGUAAGGUUGAUCAUGACAUCUUGUCUGAGAUGGACACCUUGUAUAGGAGCAUUAAGGAGGCAUUGAGACUCCACCCCCCACUGAUUAUGCUGCUACGUAGCUCACAUAGUGAUUUUAGUGUGACAACCCGAGAUGGAAAAGAAUAUGACAUCCCAAAGGGCCACAUAGUUGCCACAUCACCAGCUUUUGCAAACCGUCUUCCUCAUAUUUUUAAAGAUCCUGACAGUUAUGAUCCUGACAGAUUUGCUAUUGGGAGAGAAGAAGACAAGGCUGCAGGGGCAUUCUCAUAUAUUUCUUUUGGAGGUGGCAGGCAUGGUUGCCUUGGUGAGCCCUUUGCAUACCUGCAGAUAAAGGCAAUCUGGAGCCAUUUGCUGAGGAAUUUUGAGUUUGAGCUUAUAUCACCUUUUCCUGAGAUUGAUUGGAAUGCCAUGGUUGUGGGUGUGAAAGGAAAGGUGAUGGUGCGGUACAAGCGGCGGGUGCUUUCUGUUAAUUAAUCUAGGUGUUUGGCAGGUCUAAAUUAAUUACUUGGUCUUUGGGAUUUUAUUUCUCCAUCAUGUAUGCUUCUUUGGUGUCAUGCUUUAAUCUGUGUUUCUAGAAAGGUGUUGCUCUCUUUUUUUGGAUUUGGUCUUUGUUAGCCUUCAUCUAUUUAUGGUUGAUUAUUGUAGCUUGUAAUAGAACUUUAGUUUUGUUUUAGUUGUAACUGCCAAAGAAUUGGGGCCCUUGACUUGCGUUGGAUUUCUCUCUCAUCAAUGAAUUUGUGUUAGAACAA